AUGGAUAUAUACCUCGAAUGUGACACUGUUGACAACUUCGCACACUCAGUGCCAAUGGCGGCUGAUGGGGCGCAGACUGGUGCUUUGGUUGACGCUGCAGUCUACGCGGAAGCCAUGGGCUCAGAAAGCAAUAGCAGCGCUGUCAUGUCGUUUGACUUCAAGGCACAAGUGGAGCAGUUUGUCACAUACAACAAAGGAAGACGACUCAUCCCGCAACGCCUACGUAAAGAGGAUGAGUGGACAUUCUUCGCAGUCUAUUUUGGCCUGUGGGACCUUCUGGAUUACUCGGCGCUGGAGAAGAGUGUUGCAAUGUACGCAAUUAAUAAGAGCAUCACAUCAUUAUUUCGCCAACUUGAUGUGUUGGCUGCAGAUGUCCCUUUCCCAGCCAAGGUCGUCAUCCCGAAGAUGAUUGACGUUAGUUUCCUACCUCGGUUCCAGAUGAAGAAGAAAGCUAUGCGUGAGGCCCAAUUUGCGGAAACUCAGCACCGACUCAUCUUCUUGUGGUCAUAUUGGAAUCUAGUUUUGCAUCGGACUGCGAAAAAUUGGAAGAACGGUAUAGUGUACAUGCCAGAGGCGAACGAGGCGAUCAUGCAAGAAGUCCGAGCCAAGCAACUUCACUCGAAACAACUCUCGGAUGCAUUUGGCGUUGGCAAACAAGCGCCUCUUUUUGAACACAUUGAGCAACCAUGUCUAGCUUCGCAGCGAGGUAGUGCGGGCAGUCUGCAAGCAUCCGACGUUCAGAAAUGCUCCACGCCAGCUGAGCACUUAUUUUGGGAUGACGUUCAACUCAGCGGACCGGCCCAUGCACUAAUAGGGAACCAAGCCGUCAGCCUCAUCCGCGGAAACCAAUCCGUGGACAAGGAGCAACAGACGCAGGGCUCCGACGACAAGGAGAAACCUGAGAAACAAGAGGCUGAGCAUUUCACACUCAAAUUUCCUCCCGGGCGCUACGUCAGAUCCACAAUGCAAACGGAACAUAUUUCUCCACACUCCCCUAUAGAUGCCACGAUGCCCCCACGGAGUUUGCGUAAGAGUAGUCGGAUCCAAGAGUCACACUCUACUUCAAUGCCUAAUCUUACCACCGAGCACAACUACGACAACGAUCCAUCGCCAACUGGCAUAUCGUCUCCUCAGCCUACAAGGAAAAGGCUUGUUUCCCUUGUGGAAGCAUCUGAGAGCGAGGAAUCUGGCAGUCCGACAGAUGAAAAGCCACCUCCAAGUGCCACAUCAACAACCGCUGGUUCUCCGGACUUCGUAGGCCACGUUUGUCUCUGUCAGCCAGAACCAAAGAUACCCCGGCCCAGGAAUACAUUUAUCCUCUAUCGGCAGCACCAUCAGCAGGCUAUCAUUGCUCGUAACCCUGGUCUCAACAACCCUGACAUUUCCAAGAUCAUCGGUGAACAGUGGAAGGCUGAACCUGAAGAGCACAAGAAGAUUUGGCAAGACCUUGCACAGGAGGAGAAGGCUAGGCACCAGGAACAGUAUCCCGACUACCGAUAUCAGCCACGUCGAAUAGGCAAAUCUGGUUCAUCGCCUCUGAACCCUUUCGGGCAGCAUACCACUGUUGACAAAUAUCGUUGUCAACGGUGUGGCGGUCGCAGUAUCAAGACGCCUACCAGUCCAUAUCUUGAUCCUUCUGGCAUUCCUAUAUUGCCUCCUCCUAACAUCACUGAAGGUAUCACACCAACGACUCGCUACCUACCAGUGAUUAGCAACCUUAGCAUGGAGUCACCUGUUCACCCACGGGGUCACGGUCCUCCGAAUUUCAACCAUCUCAAACUGAGAGUCACUUCGGCGAUACGUGACGACUCAACGGCCCCAAGCCCUUCUACACCGAAUAAGAAACGAAGGUUUGAAUAUGGACAUCCACACCCUGCCGUCGGUCUCAGAGCAGAUGGGCCCUACUUUCCUUCAACACAGUACGCCAGGCGCGAAUCUUUGCCUCCUAUUCAGAUACGGUAUUCGCCCCCGAACAGCGCGACCAUGCCGCCUCCCCGCACUCCUCGUGAUGGAAGGCUCUCGAUAGUGGAGGUGGGACCUUCGUCUCACAGCUCCAGUCCUAGAAGCGUAGAAGAAGUUCUCAGUGCUUAUGCGUACGGAAAUAAGAUCAAGCUACUUGGUCGCAUAACACCUCCAUACAAAGAGCUCAGGGAGAGAAUGCCAUCUAGUAAGGAAGGCCGUGGCGCCAUUGUCGCCAUCGAAGGUGACAAUCUGGCUGCGGUCAAAGAGCUUUCCGAAUGGCUCAACGAGCACCUUGCCAAACAAGGCGAGUUCAAGCCCCAGAUCACCGAGCCACCAAGAGUUCCUGGCAAUGAUGGCAAGGACGUUACUUUCGAUGACUAUCUCGACUUGAUCAAAGAGUGGCAUGGCAAGAGCAAAGAGAUGAUUGAGUAUAUCACUACCACCUCUUCAGCCGCUUUCUCUUGUCAAGAUAUCGUCAUGUCCGACAAAAAUACUUCUACCAGUACUACUACCUCGCGCAAAGACUCCACCAUGCUAUACAACUUUCCUGCUGCAACUCCCAAGCCCGUUAUCAUCCUGCCAACCUUCCAGCUCCAUGCAUCUGUCGCAUACGCGUCUCGUAUCCCCAUUCAAGACGCGUACAGCGCGAUGGAUCAUUGGCAGUGGAUGGCCACGCUCUGGCGGGGAACCGUCGGCCCCGAUCUCACCCUGUAUGUGAAGAGCUACGAUGCCAAGGAGGGUCAGAUCGGGCAAAAGCCUGAUAUGGACGAUGCCAGCAGGUGCUUCACUGUGUACAAGGAGAAAGAAGGGAAGUUUACCGAGCCCGAUUUGAGGAGGGUUGGGUUUGAGGUUGAGGAGUGGAUCAAGGCCGUCAGGUAA